AGCAUACCUAUAUACAUAGGUACGUAUACCUAUAUAUAGCACAUGCUCAUAUAAGUACCACUGCAGAAGAUACGAAGUGUGAAGUAUCUCAGUGUAUCUAAAGAUGUUAUACCUAACGAUCUUUCUAAUUCUUUUUAUAUUCGUUUGCCUCUAUUAUCUCUGCGAUGUCAAGCCAACAAAUUUUCCACCUGGUCCGGCGUGGCUACCAUUCUUGGGAUGUUACCUGACGUUUUCGCGAUUACGUUCAAAAUGUGAAUACGACCAUAUAGCUCUGCAAGAACUGGCAGGUACAUAUGGGCCGAUAUUAGGAUUAAAAUUGGGAAAUCAAAAGGUGGUGGUAAUCUCGACGUACGACCUGGUGAAGAAAACUCUUCGUCGUAAUGAGUUUAAUAGCCGACCGGACGGAUUUUUCUUCAGGGUACGAUCGUUUGGGAAGAGAAAAGGUCUUUUGUUCAGCGACGGUAUCACUUGGUUGCAGACUCGUAGAUUUACGACGCGACACCUGCGAACAUUCGGCAUAGGUCAGUCGGCUAUGAAAAAUCAAUUGAUUAUCGAGGCUCGAGAGCUCAUUAAUCAUCUGCAAGAGAUAAGCGAGCAUGGCGCGGUGUCGAUGGACAGGGCGUUCGACGUUGCGGUGCUCAAUUCGUUAUGGUUUAUGAUUGCCGGACACACAUUCCGCUACGAGGAUGAAAAACUGCAACAAGCGCUCGAGGUCACUCACGAUGCCUUCAGAUUAAUGGACACCCUGGGAGGAGUGAUAUCGCAGAUGCCUUUUUUACGAUUCAUUAUCCCAGAAUUAUCGGGAUAUAAUAAAUUGAUGAAGAUCCUUAAAAAUCUCUGGAGCUUUAUCGACAACGAGAUCAAGAUGCACGAGAACGAACCGUCCGAUAAUCAGCCGCGCGAUCUUAUUGACGCGUUUCUCUCGGAGAUGUCGAACAAGAAUGGCGAUGAAGAUACUAUUUUCGAUCGUGAGACGUUAUUGGUAUUAUGCUUUGAUCUCUUUUUGGCCGGAUCGAAGACGACCAUCGAUUCUUUAGCGACCGCGUUUCUUUUUCUGUCGCUAAAUCCUGAAUGGUUGAAGAAACUUCAAGCUGAUUUAGACAGAGUCGUCGGCAGAUCGAGAGCUCCUACCGAGGACGAUUUGCCGUCCUUACCAAUGAUAGAAGCUUUCUUAGCCGAGAUACAAAGAUAUUUAAUUUUGGCACCACUCGGCGUACCUCACAGGACCUCAGAGGAUGUUUUCGUAAACGGAUAUCGAAUACCUAAGGAUACAAAUGUGCUUUUUCACUAUCAUAGCGCUCACAAUGACAAAGCGCACUGGGACGAACCGAACGUGUUCCGUCCGGAACGUUUUCUAGAUGAACGGGGCCAAUUUUGUCGCAACGACUCUAGCUUCCUUUUCGGCUUAGGCAAGAGACACUGUCCGGGUGAACUGUUGGCGCGUUCCUCGUUGUUCCUGUUCUUCACCAACGUCGUGCAUUACUUCGACAUGGAAAUCUCGGCCGAUCACGGCAAACCAGAACUGAAAUUCUGCAAUGGCUUCACUUUAUCGCCGAAGCCGUAUUAUCUUAAACUCACGAGGAGAUCCGAUCUGGAUGACCGAGACGGAAAGGUCGCGCCGCAAACCUUACGUGACGAUACAUUUGGACUUCCGCGAAGCGCGGGAUCGGUUUCGUCGAACUCGUAAAACGAGACGUAAAAGUAAGACUUUCGCGCGGCGGGUAAAACCAAUAAACGUCAUUUUCAAACAUUGCGCCGGAUCUGUAAUAGCUACGAAUGUUUUUGUCAAACACAGUGUUGUAGUUCGUGUUACACGUAUAACACGUAAAAUAUACAGUAUGUCAAUUAUAAAUGAUUACUUAUUGUUAGUACAUUUGGUUUAAUAAAAAGUAACACAUUGUAUUUCUAGCUAAAAAGAAUAGAGAGAGAAGAAAGAUAUAAAAAUAAUUACUUCCAAUAAAGAUUCCUCGUUAUUAAUUGGAGUUUUUAAAAUAAAAAGAUUUAAAAUUGCAUAUCGCGAUAAAAACAUUUUUAUUAAAUAAAAAAAUUAAGCCAUGUCUCUUUUCUCUCUCAAAUUAUUGUCUUGGCUAUUCCUGAGUCUCCUGCAAAUAUAAAAUAUGAUUUUUCAAAUAUAAAAUGAUGAAUAUAUUUAUUUCAU